AUCUAAAAAGAGUAAAAACAACCAUCUCUCCUCCCUUCUCCUUCCCUCUGUCACAGUUUUUCCACUUUGCGAGUUCUUGACGACCCUCCCCCCGUUUUCCUUUUUUCUUUUUGGAUGCCACACGAGUCUUUCCUCUUUUUCUUCUCACAAAGUCCACCGGACCCUCUUUUUGCAACAUCUCAACGCAACCUGUGGAUCAACUUUUUAUUAUUAAAGAGGUGACAUUCUAUGUUUUGUUAAUUUUCUUUGGGGGGGUCUUUGGAGACUUUGGAGUGCAGUCGUACCCGGACGGGACCACCAGGCAACAAGCAGCGGGGAGGACCAUGCGGCCCACGCACUAUGUGGACGUCCUUCUUCUUCUCUGCUUCCUGCUCAGCCUGGCCUACUCUCUCAACCCGCGAGACCCCAAUGUGUGCAGCCUGUGGGAGAGCUUCACCACUUCCGUCAAGGAGUCCUACUCCCACCCGUACGACCACGUGACUGAGGAGCCCUGCUCGGACCCCCGGACCAUCUACAGAUGCCCCCGACACAGGAUCACCUACAAGACGGCCUAUAGGCAGGCCGUGAAGACAGACUACCGCAAACGCUACCAGUGCUGCCCGGGCUACUACGAGAGCCGCGACAAAUGUGUUCCUCGCUGCACCAAAGAGUGCGUCCACGGCCGCUGCCUGGCUCCGGACCGCUGUCAGUGCGAGGGAGGUUGGCGAGGCGAUGACUGCUCCAGUGCCUGUGAGGAUAAACGCUGGGGUCCUGGCUGUGGCCAGCAAUGCAAGUGUGAGAACGGCGCGCUCUGCGACCCGGUCAAGGGCACGUGUCAGUGCCCGCCGGGUUUCAUUGGACGCCACUGCGAAGAUACGUGUCCUGCCGGAACCUUCGGGAAUGGCUGCCUGCAGAAGUGCAAGUGCGGGACCGGAGGAUCCUGCAACAAAGCCAGCGGAGAAUGCUUGUGCCGUGACGGCUUCACCGGCACCUUCUGUGAGAGGCCGUGCUCCAGGAAGUGUCCGGCGCGGUGUCCAUGUCAAAAUGGCGGCAUCUGUCGGGGCAAAGGGAUCUGUGCUUGCCCUCCUGGAUGGACGGGUUCUGUCUGCACGGAGCGCUGUCCUGAGGGACGGUACGGACCCAACUGCGCCGAGGAGUGCAUUUGCCACAAUCGUGGCAACUGCGACCCCGAGACGGGACAGUGCAAGUGUGCCAAAGGGUUCACCGGGAACAGGUGCAACGAGGAGUGCGCGGUGGGCUCUUAUGGUCAGGAUUGCGAGGGCACGUGCGACUGCGCGAAUGGCGCUCGCUGCUACAACAUCGACGGCGGCUGCCUGUGCGAACCCGGCUUCAGCGGGCCCAGCUGCAAGGACAGGAUGUGCCCGCACGGAAAGUACGGCAUGCACUGUGAACGCGCGUGUCUCUGCCAGGACAAACACACGCUCAGCUGCCACCCGAUGAAAGGCGAGUGCACGUGCCAGGCGGGCUGGGCCGGGCUACACUGCAACGAAACGUGCGCCCACGGUUUCUACGGCGAUGGCUGCUUGGAGCCCUGCUUGUGCGUCAACGGCGGCGUGUGCCACGGCGCCACCGGACAGUGCCGAUGCGCCCCCGGCUACACGGGUGUUCACUGCGAGAGUGCGUGCAAAAGUGGCACCUACGGCAAGAACUGCUCCUUGGAAUGUUCCUGCAAGAACUUUGUGGACUGCUCGCCCAUUGACGGCACCUGUUUCUGCAAAGAAGGCUGGCAAGGACCCGACUGCUCGGCUCCGUGCUCGAAGGGGACCUGGGGCCGCGGAUGCAAUGGCACCUGUCAGUGCGCCAACGGGGCAAAAUGCAACCUUGUCGACGGAUCUUGCACCUGCAUGGCCGGCUGGCAGGGGGCCCGCUGCGACCAGUCGUGCCCGAUGGGCUCGUUUGGGCCAGGCUGCUUGAGGAGAUGCGACUGCGUCCACGCUGACGGUUGCCAGCCAACCACAGGGGAGUGCCACUGUCUGCCAGGCUGGUCGGGCCCACGUUGCAGUGAGCCGUGCUCGGAGGGCCUGUGGGGGCGCCAUUGCAACCAGACCUGCUUCAAGCACUGCCCCAACAGCGACACCUGCCUGCGGGAAACGGGGGCGUGCGUGUGCCGCCCGGGCUUCUGGGGCGUCACCUGUCAGAACAAAUGCAGAUCGGGAACGUACGGCGACCAGUGCAGUUUAUCGUGCCCGUCCUGCGGCCAGUCGUAUCGCUGCCACCAUGUGACCGGGGAGUGCGAUUGCCUUCCGGGGUACACGGGAGACGACUGUCAUCAAGUUUGUCCGUCGGGCUACUACGGCAAGCGGUGCUCCGAAGUGUGCGUGCGCUGCGCCAACAACGCCACGUGCAACCACCGGGACGGUCAAUGCCUGUGUCUCCCCGGCUGGACCGCCACCGACUGCUCCAUACCUUGCAGCGCGGGACGUUUUGGUUCUUUCUGCUCCCAGACUUGCUCCUGCCCUGCCAACGUCUUGUGCGACCGCGUCACGGGAGACUGUGUGUGUGACAGUGCUGAUUGUCAACAAGAGGCGUCGGAGCCCGGCAGCGUGAUGGUGCCGCUCCCGCCGGGCGAGAAGGAAUCUUGGGCGGCCAUCAGCGGUGUGGUGGCGCUGGUCAUCCUGGUGGUUUUGCUGCUGGUGCUGCUGCUGCUCUACCGACGCCAGCAGAAGCUCAAGCACAACAACACGCCCACCGUCUCCUUCGCCACCAGCCGUACCGUCAACUCCGAGUACGCCGUACCAGACGUUCCUCCCAACUACCACCACUACUACUCCAACCCCAGCUACCACACGCUUCGGGACAACCGUCCGCCGCUGCCUCACCUCCCCAACAACCACGACCGCACCAUCAAGAACACCAACAAGCAGCUGUUCUGCAGCAUGAAGAACACGGAACGGGAGCGGCGCGGCCUGUUCGGCGUGGAGAGCAACGCCACGCUGCCCGCCGACUGGAAACACCACGAAUCUCGGAAUAAGGAGCCAGGAGGGUUUGGGAUCGAUCGCAGCUACAGCUACAGCGCCAGCCUCGGGAAAUAUUUCAACAAAGAAUUGAAGGACGCGGCGGGGAUGGCGAGCAGCAGCUCCCUGAACAGCGAGAACCCUUACGCCACCAUCAAGGACCUGCCCGGACCCCCCUUCUGCCCCCCGGAGAGCAGCUACAUGGAGAUGAAGGCUGCCGUCCCCCGGGAACGAGCCUACACCCAGAGCGGACCCCGGCCGCCCCCGCCCCCGCCCUUCAGCGCCGCCUCGUUACGUCGACAGCGUCAGCAUUCCGUUGGCCACGCCCCCCAGGAGGACCCCCAAGGCCACUACGACCUCCCGGUGAACAGCCACAUCCCGGGCCACUACGACCUGCCGCCCCUCCGCCGCCCGCCCUCGCCCGAGGGAACGACGCACUGACCCGGCGCGGACGCAAACGCAGAUGAGGCUCCCAAUGCACCCUCGGGACUCUGUCGCCCCCCCCAGUGGAUCACGCUGAUUUUGAACGACUGGGAAAGAGAAGCCACUUCAGGCUUGAGGCCGCGCAAGUGGAGGGGUUUUUUUUGGGGGGGGGGCAAAAAAAAAAAAAUUGACAGGAGGACGUCAGGAAUGUUUGAACCUUCUUAACAUCUUUACUUACUGCUUUUUUGUUUUUACAAACAUUGUCUGGUUUCCUACAAGAAUUUGCUUUACUAUGAUGCACUUUAGUACAAAAACCUUCAAAAUUGGCUCACUUUGAAACACAAGUGUUUUUCCCCAAAUUGCACAAAAAAAUAAAUAAUUCCAACAAGACUGAACAAUUACAUUACAAUAAAAGUGAGGAUAAUGUGAGAAUAAAGUCAAAAUAUUAAAAGAAAAAUAGAAAAAAAAAACAAGAAUGAAGUCGUAUGAAAAAAAAAAAAGUGGUUUUCCUCAUGAACGGGCCAGUCGGAAGUGCUCACUUAUUCAACUGCAGAGUAAAAGCAGCACUUUGUCUUUGAUUGUCAGCUUUACAGAUACCCUCUAUGCUCCGCAGUGCGAAGUUGUCAUGGUAGGUUUAAAAAAAAAAAAAAAAAACAUUUGUGAUCGCUUUCUUUUUUUUCUGAACACAACACUUUCUCUCGGUCAGCUUUACAGAUGCCACUUACACCCUGCAGGAAGUACGAUAAAUGUUUUUCUUCUGCCAAAGAUGUUCUUUUUUUCUUUAGUUGUACAUGUGAUCGUGUAUUUCAGGAUGUAACCAUUUUUUUCUUUUUGUACAUUUGUAAAUAACAAGCCAUCAUAUGUGUGCGGUGUAUUCUCGUGAUUGUAAUAAUGUCACGUUACGUGCAAGAAAUAUGUAAUUUUACACACUACAAAAAUAAAGUAAUAAAUGUGCAUUA